AUGCGCCCUGCUGCAGCUGCUGCUUCAUCCAGCCAUCUGGUGUCGUUGUCGGGUGGUUCUUCGGUCGAUGGUCUUUGCGGGGAGGGAGGAACAAAGCUUCCGGUGGCUUUGUUUCGUUGGUCUGUACGUGAAACGUCAAUUGGUGGCAGUCGUAGAAUACGGCAAACAUUGAUUGCUAGUGGUCAGAACGGCAUGGCAACCGAUCCGGAAGACCUGGCAGAAGCGGACGUAUGUGCUCUUUCGCUUACACUCACCGGAUUUGCUGAGGAUGCGCUGGGCUCAUCGGAAUAA